CAUGAACCUUUUUUUUUUUUUUUUUUUUUUUUUUUUUUGUGUUUGUUACCAAAAAUUAGUGAAUAGACACGAACCCAUUCAUUUCCUUAAUUAAAAACACGAAAAGAAAAUUUCAAUUGGUAAAUGUUUGUGAACAAUUCAUGAACACCUUUAUUUCCUUAACAACGAACAAAAAUGGCUUAAAGAUGUUAAAUGAUACUUUCUUUAUUGGCUUCGUCUUUAAUUUGCAGCCUUAAGUAAUUGAACUGAACGUGAAAACAUUUAAACAUUUAUCUCGUUCGGUAAGUGUUUGUGUACCUUCAGUUAAUUUGCAUCCCUACUUAAUAGGCUUCAUUUUUUUGUUCAUGGUUUACAAGUGUAAUAUCUGGUCUACUGUACUUAAAUUGUCCGUUUUAUCAACUAAUCACGUAUUUGUUUUUUGUUGCCUAAAUGGAGACUUCCCAAGAAGUCUCCUCUCUUGUUAUUAAUUCCACCUGGACAUGCUUAGUUGUAGAGUUCUUCUCUGAUCUACUCUGAUCCACUAACAAUAAGCUCAAAAUGCAUUGGUGAUUUUAAUGGGGAUGUGUAUUUGCCUCACUCACUCAUUACCUUUUCCUGUCUCCCUCACUCGCAACCAUUUAAAAAAAAAUAUUAAAAAUGAAUAUCAUUACUAAUUGAAUAGAGAUGGGUAUGAGGAAUUUAAGAGGGGGAUAAAUGUGUAGUUUAGUUAAAUUAUAUGGAUGAAGCUGAGAAUUCUAAUCUAAAUGCUAUGUUUUUCGUUAUGAAUAUGAUACUUUAAAUAUAAGUGUAGUUACGGAAGAGAUAGUUGAACACAAAACCUUGCAACCCAUUGAGCAGUAAGCAAAGGAUGAGUUGAUGCUUUGACCGCAAACCAAGCAUUUACCCCGUGAACCACCUCUGAUUGGGAUUGGGAUUUGCCGCCUCUGGCGUAGUAAUACAACUCUCUCACUGUUAGUUGUGUACGACUAGCAAUUAACAAAAUAAAACAAUGCCUGUGCGUUUAUACAAGGAUAUCAAGAGUCUUAUACUGUUUUUUUAUCAGGUAUAAUCAUAUUUCAAAAGCACCCAAUGUGAAGAAAUUCUUUUUGUUUGUUUUUUAAAUUUGUUUAUUUGUUGAAUUUCUACGCAUUACAAAACAUCAUCCACAUUAGUCACAUAUAACCAGGGUAUUAAACCUUCGGACAGUAGAAAAUAUCACAUUUUAUGUUAGAAACUAGGGGAAGGUUCAUUAACACUAAAAAAGUGGGGAACCGACUCAAACGAACUCCGAUUGGACUCAUUCCAGCGGCGUUGGAACCGGCUCGUCGAACCUUAACUAAGAUCUCUUAACCCUAAACCCUAAAUCCUAACUCCUAAUUGUGGACCGUCAGAUGUAAUUGUUGAUCAACGGUUGGAUGAGGCUUCCAUGGGUUCUGCGCAUGUGGACCAAACAGGAAAUGAUCUGAAUAUUUUAAUUAGCCCAUGUAAUGAUACUGGGCCUUGUUCUAAUGUCAGCCCAAUCACUGAUGCAAUUGAAUCUUCGGCUAAUGUUAGUAGUCUGCAGUUUGGUGGGCCUGUUAUAAAUAAUGAUGGAGAUAUUAUUGGAUCUGGGCCCAGUUCGGAAAAUAUUAAUGAUCCAAGGCCAGAUGUUGCUGUAGCAGAGCCGGCUGUUCAAGCCAAGGCUCAAAAGAAGGUGACGUUUGCGGAUAUAGUGCAAGGUUCGGCCCAAAAACUUUCUCGUAUUAUGAAGUUUGGACAAUUUGAAACUGUUAUUCAUUUUAAGGAAGAUGUACCGGAAAUUGAUCCUCUUAGGGGAACUAAAUAUUGGAAUCAUGAAUUGUUUCAAAAGUUGCUUAGAGGGGAUGAUGUUGUUGUUGAUGGGGAAACACGUUUGGCGUAUGAAGGUCCUAAGCGUAAUGCAGAAGGAGUUUUUGAGGUAAACAUUGAGGGACAUUUUAUGAAAAAGUCGUACACAUCUGAUGUGUUUCAACUUUAUGGAUACUUUAUUGGGGCCGUUAUGCCUUUUCGGGUUGUGAAAGAGAAUUUAAUUAAGAUGUGGCAUAAGUAUGGGCUUAAGUCGAUAAAUAUGAAUAGAAAUGGAUAUUUCUUUUUUAAAUUUGAUCAUGAAGAUGGGAUGCUACAAGUUCUUGAAAGAAACCCGUGGUUGGUGGAUAAUGUUCCGCUUGUAUUACAAAUUUGGGAUCCGAAUGUUGUUUUGUGUAAACCGAACCCGAAAACGGUUCCAAUUUGGGUGGCAAUAAAAGACUUACCGCUUAGUUUGUGGAAUGGAGGAAAUAUAGGACAAAUUGUGAGUUGUGUUGGGUUGGGAAACCACUAAUACUUGAUCAAGCCACGUUUAAAAGGUGUGAAACUAAAGAAGGGCCGUUAAACUUUGCUCGGAUUCUAGUGGAUGCAAAUGCUUCAAAUGGUCUUCCUGACAAAGUUAAAAUUAAUCUUCCUAAACGUGAUGGAAUCCCGGGUAAGUCUUAUUUUCUUGAUUUGUCAUAUAAAUGGAAACCUCCUUGUUGUGCUUUAUGUGAAGUAUUUGGACACUCAUAUGAUAAAUGUGGGUUGAAUAUGGAUGCUGUUCAAAAGAAAGAAUUGGAUAAAAAUAAAAAGAAUGGUGGUGCUGAAUUGGUCUCGGCCCAAAAUGAUAUUUUUGUGGAGGUUGUAAAAAAAGUCAAAGGCUCAAAACAAAGGGAAAACCCCGAUUUGGCAGGCCCAAAAAAACAAAAACUGGGCCCAUUAUUUCAGAACCUGGCCCAUCACGUCAGGUUGGGCUGAAUUCUGGUCAAACUCAACUGCGUGUUAUGGGCUCAAAUGAAGGUAACGAUCAAAAGAAGCCCGGCGAUAAGGCUGCUGGGCUUCAUAACAGUGCUGAACUGGGCUCGGUUGAUGUUGGGCUUGUUGAAUUUCCUCCUUUAAGGGCUGCUGGACCCCAAAACAGACUUGUGGGCUCAGAUAAAAUUGUAACAGGCCCUUUGAAGGCUGCUAACAGCCCAGAUGUUGGUUUGGUGAAUCCAAGUAUGCAUGAUCAGUUAUUAAAAUAUGAUGGGCCGAUUUUAGAAACUCUUAUGGGCCAAACAGUGAAGUCCAAAGGAAGUGGAUAUUUUGAUGUAUCAAAACAAGCUUUUGGGCCUGGGCCUAGCUCAAAUAUUAGCACAAAAAACAGUUUUGGAAAGUUAAGAGACGAAGAGGAGUGUUAUGACACGGAUCUUGGGAUGUGGGAACAUGAAAUCGAGGCGGUUAAAAAGUUUGUGGAAACUAGCACCCGCCCGAAGAUUGAAGAUUAUAAUGUUUGGUCCGAAAAUAUGAGAAAAUACUAUGAUAGCUUGACAAAACUAAAUAAUGCUUUCCGCUUCCGCAACACUCACACGGAUCAUCAUCUACCCAAUUCAUAUUGAAAGAUGGUACCUGCAAAACAUGUACCGGCACAAUAAACUCGACCACCCGACGUAAAAUCACAAAUGUACAACAAAAAGGAAAGAAAAUAAACUAAACUAAAAUCGAACAAGUA